AUGCUUCUACAGUGUGGUUCUUGUAGUCAACGAAUCGCAUGUUGUCCAGGGUGUGGUGGCAGGUGCUUCACCUUCACAGAUGGGCGUGUCGCACCAAUUACGGGAGUUGCACCCAUCACUGCCACAAGUGUUUCCGUAGCGGUAACCGAAUCGCCCACACCGACAACAGCUUUUGAACUUUUCUGUCAAGAUACCGCAGUACAAGAAGAAGCAUUAGCGGCUAAUCGCAUUGAGGGAGAAACUGACAUCACGUGGGCUGCAGGCGGAAGAAAGCGGGUCCUUGCUGAGAUGUGGCUUUCAGCAGACACGCCGGUCCGCCGUCGAUAUGAAGAGGCCGCCAGGGAAGGUAGAAAAGGGGUUGACCUUCAGGCUGCUAGUGGUGGGGAUUUGAGUAUAGCUCGCCAAAAGCACGCUGGUAACCCUACGCAGGUGAACAACAGUAACCAUUCAUCUAGCAGUGGUUCUUCAAAAGGGAAAAUUCAACCCCCCGGUGCCCCGGUGGGCGCAGUCCCUGACGGGAAAGCAAAUAAAGCAUCUAAAAAGUCCAAACAACGCGCAAAUACCCCAACUGCAUAUCAGCUAUUUUGUAAGCGGAAUAAUGAACUACACAAAAGUAACAGAGCCGCCGUUUUUAAUGCUUGGAAGGCAAUGGGCGCUGCGGAGAAGGAACCGUUCGACAUUGAGGCGGCACAGCUUCGCGUGUCGCUGCAGAAAUGA